ACGACAGGGGCGGUGCAAGGCCAGCUACACGUCACCGGGCCCCAUUCGGCUCGUUCACCAGGGCUGCUACAGCACUCGCGCCCACAGCCUCCGGUACUGCGGACAGUGCACGGACUCUCGCUGCUGCACGCCGUACCAAACCACCACCGCCGUGGUGACCUUCAGCUGCCCCAGCGGCAGACUGCGGCAGCGGGCUGUGAUGAUGAUCCACUCGUGUGUCUGUCACCACAGCUGCCCCUACGCACCGUUCAGGAACCCGGCCCUGUGGGGAUACAGGCCCUGAUCGGCCCGUAGCAGCACAGAGGACCGAGACACUUCGCUGAUUAGAGGAGAAACUGUAUUCAUCAUCCACAGGAUCCGCAGGAGGCGUCCUCUCAUCAGUGGACAUUGAAAGACAAAUCUUUGCAGGGACAACCUCAGUCUGCACUUGGUCACUGCUUCAUUAUUCUCAAGCAAGUGACCAAACUUUAUUUGCGGAAACAAAGCACUUUUCAAAACAAAGUCAAAAAGUGGAAAAACAAAACAGACGCGGUUGAAACAGGUUGAAAGAGUUCAUUCUGAUUUAUUAUUAAUGUGAUUUAUUUUCUCCUCUCUCGCUCACUUUCCAUGACCUCAUGUCACCAAUUAAUCCGCCACAACUUCCAAACCAGCGCAGACAGGGCCCGCUCUCAUCAGAACUAAUUAGAUUUCGAUAAUUGCAGUUGGUAACAUUUGGCGGUUUGGCUCUGCUCCACGCUCAGCCGCAGCUCAAAGACCACAACACAGAUCAGAGCAGCAUCAAAGACCACACGUGACGUCGAUGAGGCCAGAGUCCGUAUGAAAAGGAGGAGCUGGGGUGGAGGUGGGUGGUGGUGGGUGUGAUGUGGCGCUGCAGUGGAGGCUGGAGGAGUCGGCAGCUAAAGCAGCUUGGAUACGAGCCUCACCAGCUGAUGCAGAGGAGUGGAUCAGCUGUCUGCGGCUGGGCUCGACUCCAUCACCUCCCACAUCUGACGUCGGUUGAUCUGUUUGACUGAUGGUUUUAUAAAUCAGCUGUAAAAAGUAGAUAACCCACAAAGUAAAAGUGGGUUUUUGAGAUUGUUUUGAAAGACGUGCACUGAUAAAGCUGCUCAGAGACACUGCGACCUUUUUAAUGAGAAAGGUUCCAGAUCAUGAACCCAAGAUUAAAAGUAACAUUUCAAAAAAUCCUAAAAAGAAGCAGGGAGCGAAAAGUGAAAGUUUCAAACUGGUUUAAUGUGUAAGUUUAGGUUUGAUGUGAUUAAAAACACAUUUGACUUUUAGAAGUUGGACUCUGAUUCUUCUGAUGAUUCACGACUGGAAACAUCAGAACUGAACCAGUGAAUUAAAUUCUCAUAUAUUUGGGCCGAUUGAGUCUCAAUAAUUAUAUCUUGUUUUUUGACAGUUGGUCUUGACGCUAUUUUGGUCAUGAAGACAUUUUUUAAAGACGUAUUUACAUUGUGUGUGAUAGAAAUCCUGCAGAAUGACUCCAACCUUUGUGUUGACAGAUCAAUGCAACUUUGAACUUGUCUAGUUUAGUGUGUGUGCGUGUGUGUGUGGGUGCGUGUGGGUGUGUUUGCUGUCAUGUGACAUUGCACUUUUCUUAUUUUACUGUUUUGCUGUAAAUAUUUCUGUACUUCGUUUCUUCAUGUAUAGUUAAUAAUGUCAAUAUUCUCCCGAUGAAUUUUAUUAUCACUAAUUUGUCUUUCAUUUCAUUACAGUAGUCACACAUUAAAAGUUUGAAAUGCCUUUUCCAAACAUUUUACGUCCUUCUUCCUCCUGUAAUGAGCUGUUCAAAAUGUGUUCACCUUAAAAACCUUAAACUUGUAGUAGAACUUUUCAUCUGUGACAUCCUGACAUCUGCUGGUACAAAGAAGUGCAAAGAAAUCUGUAAUAAAAUUAGUUGAAAGUAAAAUUACUCUCAGUAUUCAGUGCAGGGUCCCUCUGCCUCAGGAGCUUAAGAGAGAAACACAGUCCAGCAGUCCACCUGUCUGUUAACUGCCUGUAAACCAGGUCUAACCAGCAGUGCACCAGGCUUCAUCAGUGUGUCACUCCCUGAUCAUUACACCACCCACAUCUCAUUGGCGUGGUUUCCUGGAUUCAAGCAAGUGCAGACACAUACAGUAAAUGAAAGCACGGAGACCAGAUGUGUGAAACCAGAAGUCUCUGGAGUGAACGUGUAGCGUAGAUCAGCACGAGGAGAAGGCACUGCAGCUCAGAAGAUGGCGAACACGACCUCUUGUCCUCGUGUGAGCUUUGAUUUUACCGGCAGGUUCCUGCCUCCUGUUUUAAUCUUGGUCUUCAUCGUCGGCCUGGUUGCCAACGGAUGGGGUUUGAAGUCUUUGCAGCACAACUGGAAGAAACUGGGCAACGUCAACAUUUUUGUGCUCAACCUCGGUCUUGCAGAUGUUUUGUACCUGCUCACGCUUCCAUUUUUGGUGGUUUACUACUUCCUGGAGAGUAAAUGGAUCUUUGGAGAUACAUUCUGCAAGAUAACGAGGUUCUGCUUCAACCUAAAUUUAUACGGCACCAUCGGUUUCCUGACGUGCAUCAGCGUGUACAGGUACCUGGCUAUUGUUCACCCGAUGAAAGUAUUGGGAAGGAUAACUCUCACUCAUUCUGUGUCGAUCUCAGUCUUUGUGUGGCUGCUGGUGGCUGUUGAGAGUAUUCCAGACAUGUUCUACAUCAAGACGUAUGUAAACCGCACUGGGAAAUGCUUCGAGACCACACAUGACACGUUUGUGGAGGGUUACCUGAAGUACAGCCUGGGGUGGGCACUGAUUGGGUUUUGUAUCCCACUCCUCAUCAUGCUGGGCUGCUACGGACAUGUGAUUUUCAUUCUGUGCACCAGAAAGACCACUGACAAGGUUCUGAAGCAAAGGAGCCUGACGUUGUUGUUGAUUUUGGUCCUUCUCUUCUCUGUUUGUUACACCCCCUACCAUCUAUUCAAGAACCUAAAUAUGUGGUCAAGAGUUCUGAACAAACACAAGGAAUGCCGCAGAUGGUUCAACAGCAUUUACAUCGCUCAUCAGAUAAGCCGAGGCCUGGUGUGUCUGAACAGCGCCCUCAACCCUCUGGUGUACCUCCAUGGAGGAAAAGACCCUUGCUCAGGUCUGAAAACUGCUCGUCGAAACUUGGAGCGCCUGUUCACCACGAAUUCAUCCUUGUAAAUAAAAAAUGAACAAUUGCAUCAUCUGUGUUGUACUGUGUAUUCAUGUACAUAGAUAUUCACUUUUUAAAACCACGUG